AGAAGCCGCUGCUGGGGAGCUCCGGGCUGCGGUGGUGGCGGGCGACGGGCCUCGGGACGCGGAGCGACGCGGCCUAGCGCGGCGGACGGCCGUGGGAACUCGGGCAGCCGACCCGUCCCGCCAUGGAGAUGGAGAAGGAGUUCGAGGAGAUCGACAAGGCUGGGAACUGGGCGGCUAUUUACCAGGUGAGGACACUUGUGUCUACCCAGAAGGGAAAGUUUGAUGGCUGCUUCUGAAGAGGCCUGCGUGGGAGUGCUGCAGCAAGACAGGGGCCGCUGAAGCUGGUGCUGGACUGGCUUCCUGGAAACAUACAUUGUUGCUAAGAUAUUCGACAUGAAGCCAGUGACUUCCCAUGCAAAGUAGCGAAACUUCCUAAGAACAAAAACCGGAACAGGUACCGAGAUGUCAGCCCUUUUGACCACAGUCGGAUUAAAUUGCACCAGGAAGAUAAUGACUAUAUCAAUGCCAGCUUGAUAAAAAUGGAAGAAGCCCAGAGGAGCUAUAUUCUUACCCAGGGCCCUUUACCAAACACAUGUGGGCACUUCUGGGAGAUGGUGUGGGAGCAGAAGAGCAGGGGCGUGGUCAUGCUCAACCGCAUCAUGGAGAAAGGCUCGUUAAAAUGUGCCCAGUAUUGGCCACAGCAAGAAGAAAAGGAAAUGGUCUUUGAUGACACAAGUUUGAAGUUGUCACUAAUCUCUGAAGAUGUCAAGUCAUAUUACACAGUACGACAGUUGGAGUUGGAAAACCUGACUACCAAGGAGACUCGAGAGAUCCUGCAUUUCCACUACACCACAUGGCCUGACUUUGGAGUCCCCGAGUCACCUGCUUCUUUCCUCAAUUUCCUAUUCAAAGUCCGAGAGUCAGGCUCACUCAGCCUGGAGUACGGCCCCAUUGUGGUCCACUGCAGCGCCGGCAUCGGUAGAUCGGGGACCUUCUGUCUGGCUGACACCUGCCUCUUACUGAUGGACAAGAGGAAAGACCCUUCUUCCGUGGACAUCAAGAAAGUGCUGCUGGAGAUGCGCAGGUUCCGCAUGGGGCUCAUCCAGACGGCCGACCAGCUGCGUUUCUCCUACCUGGCUGUCAUCGAGGGCGCCAAGUUCAUCAUGGGCGACUCAUCAGUGCAGGAUCAGUGGAAGGAGCUCUCCCGGGAAGACCUGGACCUUCCACCCGAGCACGUGCCCCCACCUCCCCGGCCACCCAAACGCACACUGGAGCCUCACAACGGGAAGUGCAAGGAGCUCUUCUCCAACCACCAGUGGGUGAGCGAGGAGACCUGUGAGGAUGAAGACAGCCUGGCCGGAGAGGAAGGCAGAGCCCACUCAAGUGCCGUGCACAGCGUGAGCAGCAUGAGUCAAGACACUGAAGUUAGGAGACGGAUGGUGGGUGGAGGUCUUCAAAGUACUCAGGCAUCUGUCCCAACCAAGGAAGAGCUGUCCUCCACUGAGGAGGAACAAAAGGCACAUUGGCCAGCUCACUGGAAGCCCUUCCUGGUCAGUGUGUGCAUGGCCACGGUCCUGGCGACUGGCGCAUACUUCUGCUACCGGGUAUGUUUUCACUGACAGACUGGGGGGCACUGCCACUGCCCAGCUUAGGACGCGGUCUGCGGCGUCUGACCUGGUGUAGAGGGAACAACAGCUCGCAAGCCUGCUCUGGAACUGGAAGGGCCAGCCCCAGGAGGGCAUCAGUGCACUGGGCUUUGAAGGAGCCCCUGGUCCCACGAACAGAGUCUAAUCUCAGGGCCUUAACCUGUUCAGGAGAAGUAGAGGAAAUGCCAAAUACUCUUCUUGCUCUCGCCUCACUCCUCCCCUUUCUCUGGUUCGUUUGUUUUGGGGGAAAAAAAAAAGAAUUACAACACAUUGUUGUUUUUAACAUUUAUAAAGGCAGGUUUUUGUUAUUUCUAGAUAAAAAAAAAAGUUGCUAGGCACUGGUGAGCUUCUCUCGUGCCCUUUAGCAUGUGAUCAGAUUCCUGAUUUCUAUUGAUUUCCAGGGGAAGGAUCCCGCUGGGCAGGACUGUAAAGUUCCUGCUGGCUUGGGCAGCCCCCACUGCACCCUGAGCUUGCAGGUGCCCCGGAGCCCCACCCUGUUGUGAGGAGGGCAGCCACAUGGGCUGCCUCUGAACAGCAAGCCCAGCUCUGCUUCGCUCAGGGGUCCCCCACCGUUCCAUCCUCCUCGGUCUCCUCCCUCUUUGUGGCUGCCAUCUUGCAGAUGGCCUGACCCUCGCCACCCCAUCCCUUUAAAUCCCUGAGGGCCUUGCCUCGGGGUCAGAGGUGGCUGCCAGCCUUGUGCUGGGGUUCCCAUUUCCUUUGGAAAGUCAUUACUACUCUGUAGAAGCCACUCCACUGAGGUGCAAGCAAGACUGACUGUAAAGGAGGAAGGAGCCCUGGUGUCAUGGAAGCCACUCCGCAGGACCUGUACCAACCUCUGAGACACAGUCCCUCAGUGAACGCUCUUGAAGGCGUCAGAUAGGUGAUCUUUGCAGACUGCAUAGACUUCCUGAGUGGUGGUUUUCAGUCCAGACUCACAAAACACCACAGAGCGCUUAUCACGCUGCCUUCCAUGCUGGGAUGGCUGAGGCCGUGGGGAGGCCGGCGCUGUGGGUCCAUCCAGUGUGGUUGCCUUUGUGCAAUUGCUGCCCGGCAGCAGAGCCUGCACUCCAGCCUCUGCGCUGCAGGCCACAGUGGCCAUGGUGGCCCACAGAGCGAGCUGCGAUGGAGGCUUAUCACGUGAAGCCGCCUUUCCAGGCUGUGUAUCUCCCUUAUGCUUUACCUUCUGUUUCCUUCCCGCAUAACAAGCCCACCAUCAUGAGGAGUGCAGGGGAGGGCCAGGCAUUAGAGCGGCGGGCUACGUGCCGGGUGAGGCCCUCCUCUAAGGGCCCUGCUCUCAUUCAUUUACUUUGCCCAGAGGCAGCCCCUGCGUGAGCACACCCUGAGACUGACAGGAGCCACUGUGUGGCCAGUGCUGGGGCCAGGUAUAGGAGGGUAUGAGGGGCAGGCUUCAGGGGCGUAGGACAGUGGUGAUGCCCAGAGCCCCCAUGGCUGCACAUCCAUGUGUAGGGUUGAGGCUGGGCUUCCUGCCCAUGACCUUCUAGAUCCUGUUCCCGGCCUCUGCUUUCCCUGUGAGUUAGAAGAUAUACAGUUCUGUGCUGGUGGCGCCUUAUGCUUGACAUGGAAAACUUAGAAGCCUGCUCACUGGCAGGUACCUCCCGUGCUCUGACCAGAAGUGGCCACUCAGAGAGCAGUGCUGUCCAAUCAGGUGCCGCCUGACUCCUGGCAGGACACUUCAGGCUUCCGGCCUGCCCCGCCACGCCCCGCUGGAUCUCAGACAUUCCACGCUCACACUUCAUUCCCUGGACACAGACAAGCAGGGCCCUUCCACCUCUGGGAUCAGCCCCUCCAUUCCAAGUUCACACUGUCCUGGAGCAGGCCAGGACUGAAAGCAAGGCAGCUUGUGAGAAACAUCCUCCUGGGAACAGUGUGGGUGACAGUCUUAGGGUUGGCCUGCUGUCAUUGCUGGCCUGGUCCCCUUACCCAGAAAGAAGUGUGCAGCUCUCGAGCCUGGGAGAGACAGAUGACGGUGCUCAUGACUCUUCUGGGAGGGGAAGAACUGAGCCUUCACAUUGGGUGGCUUUUUAAAAUACGUGAAGGCAGCUGGAACUCCGCUGCCUCGUGCCAGCAUUUCACAUUUUGCCUUUCACCCAGAGAAGCCAGCACAGAGCCACUGGGGAGCGGUGAUGGCCUUGCCUGCAGAGCCUGAGGAGGUGGCACAGCCAGUGUCCAGACUGGGAGCAGUUAGCAGUGGGCUGUGUCUGGAGUAGUGUGGCAUGUACAGUAGCCAUGUACAGUAGCCUUAGAAGUGGUUGUCCCUGGGAACAGGCGCGCUGCCCUGUCGGCCCUGCUGGAGGUAGCAAGCUGCUGUAUGCCUUAAGUCAACAUUUACUCAGCAGGGCAUUCUCUCUCUCUCUCUCUCUCUCUCUCUCUCUCUCUCUCUCUAAAUGGCCAUAGAAUAAACCAUUUUUACAAAAAUAAAAACCAACAAAAAACUGUGUCCCGGAAUAGUACCUUUGCAGGUGUGUGGGGGUGUCUCAGGGUCUUCUGUGACCUCACAGAACUGACUGACUGCACCGUUUCCAACUUGCUGUCUUACUAAUGGGUCUGCAUUAGUUGCAACAAUAAAUGUUUUUAAAGAACA